AUGCUGACCUCACGUCUGGCUAUUGGUUGCCAUAAAAGCUUUAAAAACAAUAAGAAACUCAAUCAACAUCUCAUAGACAUUCAUAAGCCGUUUCCGUGUGAUUAUCCCGAUUGUCAACAAGUCUUCCAAUACUCCAGUGCCGACUACUGGGACAACAGAUCUACGAGACCCGAGGCUACCGAUCGAAACGCUAGUCAUUCAAAUACAUUCCAAAUGCCGGAUAAACAGCCGGCGCUCGCCAUUUCCCACAUCCAUACCGUUCAUAAAACCACACCAUUAACUGCUUGUAUACCUGUGCUCAACGAAACAUCGACUACUAUUCCCGAAAAUACUAGUUUUCGCGGGAAACGAAAUGCUAAUCACUCGCCUACUACUGUACAAAGUUCACCGAAACGUAUAAAAUUAAGGGAAAGCAAAGAACUACCGGUACCGGCAACUCAUAUAAUGGAUACUAUCACCUGUAGUUCCGAUAGUGACUCUGAUAUCGAAAUCAUAGCUGUCCUCCCGGGGCCUAACAACCCUUCGGCCACCAAAUCAAUUGGCAACACUUUCAACAACGAUUCAAAUAUCGAUGACAUUGAGAUCUUAGACAUAGACAUAUCCCCGCCUGAAGUGGUUGACAAUAACGAUACAAAGCCUACCAAACAAUUGAUAACUGAAACACCAGUGCCUGACCCUACACAUAAUACUCAAGAUAAUUGUGUGCCGACCAAAUCAGAAGUGAUUUACCUCCCAGUCCCUCCCAUGGCUACUAUUCUUGAUUUUUCAAACAAUAGCAUUAAAAAUGAGAGUCCAAUCAAUAUAGCGAUUGACGAGUCUAUGGAUGACGUUCCGGAGUCACCCGUUUGUGUGUCUCGCGCCGACAGCUUUUCAUCAGUAGCCAGAAGUUCCGAUAACGAUGUCUUGAGCGAUGACGACGACUCGGAACAGUCGAGUGACGUGUCCGACGAAACCAGACAGUUAUGUCAGAGAUAUGAUAAUCUACUGCGACGGGUGUCCAACAUGUUGAGGACGAAUACCAGUGCUGAUAAUGGUGAAAACCCCGAUAUCAACGGAUCUAUAGACCACUCUGUGUCUGAUAGUCAUUGUCCAUCAGUUGAUAAUCCAUAUAAACAGAUAACUGGUCCUCCAGAAGCUAACACACUGGCAACUGAUGUCACGAAUAAAAUAAUUGGUUGCGGCAGAAGCUUCAAAGGAAAGCAUUUUCUUAAGAAACACCAAAUCACUGAACAUUCGGCGGAAAUACAGUCUAAAUGUAAUCAUAGCGCCGACAGCGCCUCAAAGGCCAGCACUUCUCAAAACCGGCCCACUCCUGACGUAGCCGUGGCUUACGAUAGUGUGUUGUCUGUAGUAAGAGAUCCCAGACUAUUGAAAAGAAUGUUAAGCCGUCCAGAGGCCAGGGUCUCAAAUACCACUGAUUGCCGUAACGAUGUCUGCUAUACCAAUGAUAAUAUGGAUGUCGAUUGCGAUGUAAUCAGUGAUACAAAACGUACACCAAUUGAGACAUCGUUGCCAAUAGUGGCCACUAGUCAGCCACUGACCGCCGAUUUAAUGGCCAACACUUGCAACAAUGAAUCAAAUGCUUCUCAAGAAGUGAUUGCCACUGAAUUGAACACUACUACAGAUAAUACUAAAUCAACUGACAAUCAAUCGGUGAUAGCAGUCGAUGGUAGACUUGAACAGAUGGUAGUUGAAGGCAUUCCCCUAUCAUCCACUUCAAGUCAAGGGGAUUGUAAUGUGUUUGAUCAGUCAUUUUCUACAAUCUCAAGCAUAUCCAACACAUCAGUUGCUAAUACAGACAUUAAUGAAAUCUCAUCAAAUAUUACCGAUAUAUCGGACAAAUCGUUGCCAUCACUGGAUGACAGACUUCAGCAGAUGAUAGCUGAAGGCCUUCCCCUUCCGUCCACUUCAAGCCUAGAUCUCUGUUCAGACAUUAAUCUCAGUGACACAAAUGUUAGUCAAGCAGUGAUUGCUAUUAAUACUCAACUCAACCCCACAACACAUACAGACAUACAAUCGACGACAACAGCACCUCAUGAUAGUGAUGAAGAAGUGACUGACCAGUCAUUGUCACUCAUUUCAAAUAGUAGUGAUGUAGUGCCCGACCAUUCAGUGGACAGGAAUCCUUCGCCCAGUACUUCAGUUGAUAACAAAAGUCCACCAAAAGCUAAGUCUAACAAAGAAAAACCGAGACUUAUUGCCUUCUCUGGGUGUAUGCGGUCUGACGGCUACCUGUGUUCCGAUUCCGAUGACGACAGACCAGAAUUGGAGUCAUUCGACGGUUUAAUGCAUUAUAUGUCCAGUCGUUUAGUGACCAAUACUAGGAGUCCAUCACCAGUUAUACCACCAGUGAGUGAUACCACGAGUGCUUCACCGGUCAGUAGGCGUUCCUUGAGUGAUGGCGAGUGGUCUGAUAAAGACAAUAGAGAUUGCGAUAAACUUAUGGCUAGCUUAGACUGCGAUGUAAACAAUUGUGACAAACAGUUUGACAAUAGAUUGCGAUUAAAUGAACACAAAUUUAUCGCACAUAAGAUACUCGAGCCAUACGUUUGCGGUCAACAAGACUGCGGCAAACGGUUUGAGCGAUCAUUUGAUUACGUGAGACAUAGACGCAGCCAACACUUAGAGCACAUCCCCUACCGGUGCGAGUAUACCGGUUGCGGGAAUUGGUUUGCGCACCGGUCGGCCCUAAAAUACCACAUAAAGGCUGACCACAUGAGAGCCCUACCAUUUUGUUGCGAUUACGACACGUGCGACGAAGCCUUUAAGUGCGAAACCCAUUUAUAUCGACACAUACGCGACAAUCAUAUAACGUAUUAUCCGUUUGAAUGCGAUGACAGACGUUGUGUCCGCACUUUCAUCAGUGAAUUACUACUAAAUCAACAUAAGCUUAAAGUACACGCCGUUCCCUAUCCCUAUGUUUGCGAUUAUAAGGACUGUAGUGAGAGGUUUGCCGUAAAGGAACAACCACAUACCGUAGAGUUUACCGCAUCUAUUAUAAUCGCAUCCAUAAGGAUUGGUAGCCGAAUGGACGGUCAGGUUAUGUAG